AUGAUUCGUGUUUGCAAUGGAUUUAAUUCGAGCAAUAAAUGUUCUGUUAUAUUGCUCCAAUGUCUUUAAACGUAGUAUCGGAUUCUGAGUGUGUGUGUACUGCCUGGAUCUCUUGCGUGUGACUUGAAGAAAAUCCAAAGUUUGUGCAAUGUGUCAACACGAAAUUGUGAUCUCCAGCAGUCGAAUUUUGGUGGCGUCUACCGGGGUAUAAAUGGUCAAUGAGGGCACAGGAAACACCUCACUGCCUACGACAGGUGAUGAGCUUGUCUUUUACACCAAUCUGAAGACCUGCCAGCUUCCACUACACCAUACACUUCAAGACAUAUUGGCACUACGUAAAUAUUUCUUGACCAGUGUUCCAUCACCCACUGUACGUGCGGUACCGGGGCCACCCGCUGGGGGAGUCGCGGUCGCCGCUUGUGGGGAAGCUGCUGGCACUGGUGUUCGGACUGCUGUUUCUGGGACUGGCUUUCAUGGCGCAGUUCCUCGGUGGCGUGCUGCAGGCCAGCCUCACGAUAUUCGGCGCCGUCGGCGGACCCGUGCUCGGCUUCUUCUCGCUCGGCAUGUUCCUGCCCCACGCCAACGAGCCGGGAGCCAUAACGGGCCUUGCCACGGGGCUCACCUUCUCCAUGUGGGUCGGCUUCGGCGUCCCCCGGCCGGACGCAGUAAGGCUGCCCACGAGGACGGAUGGCUGCGACUUCAACAUAACGGCCACACCGCUGCCGCCCACCCAGGACCCAAGCGAGUACUUCUACCUGUACCGCGUGUCGUACCUGUGGGUCGUCGUGCUGGGAUUCCUGCUGACACUCGUCGUGGGCGCCGUUGCGUCGUGGGUGGCGGGCAUCACCUGCGAGGGGGACCGCAGCGUGCCGCCACCAGACCCCGACCUCUUCGUGCCGCCAGUCCGGAGGGCGCUGCUCGUGAGGAGAGGGGCAGGGGCUCCAACUCGCUGCAGCUGACACGUGUGGCCGGUGACCUGUCCAAUGGUGUGGGACCAGCUGCAGACACCAAGACCCAGGAGGAGCCGCUCAAUGGCAUAGAUGGCCACCAUGUCGCCCCAAUGUGAUGUCGACAGAGUACAGUGGGGACUGCUGUGAGCUGAAAGGUGCUGAUCUGUGGGUUCUCAGCCUGAGACAUUCCAGCCUUCUCUACAGAGGCUGCAACAACUUGGUCCAUUUAUUUUCUAGUUUUGUAAAAAAGGAAAAAAUUGUAAACACUCAGUAUUCCUCAGUUUGUAAUAGCUGUGCUUUUUAUUGUCAGUUCUCUUCUGUUCAGCUGAAUUGCUGCAAAUAAUGAAGCACUGCAAAAUCAGUUUUAUAGGUGCAUGAAGCUUCGACAGAAGCAGCCAAAGAGAGUGGGAGAGAUUAUAUGAGGCAGAAAAAUGUUGCUAAAGUUAACUGGUGAUGCAAUACUGUGCAGUGUAGAAACUUUCACAAAUGUAACAUUUCAGUGGACUUAUUAAAUAUGGGCAAUUGCUUACCUGGUAAACUGUGAGCAAAAGUAUGACAAUAAUUAUUACAAUAUUGGAAAAAGUUCUGACCAGGAAAUCAAUAAUCGUGUGAUGAAGAACAAUACUACAGAAGGGAGGAGGCAUUGGAUGGUGUAAAGAUGGCUGAAUAAUAUUGUUGAAUGGCAUAGAAAAGAUGCCUCCAAAAUAAAACUAGUUGCCUAUAAAAGGUCACAGAUACAAACCAAUCAAAAAAUUUGCACAUGUACGUUUUCCAUCAUAUUUACUGCACUGUAAUUAUUUUUCUAGAGCAUGUUGCACUUUAGAAGAAUCUGUCUUGUCUUGUGUGUAUGGGUUC